UUUCCUCCUUUUCAAGCACCUAAUUGUUUAUGUUGUAUGGAUCCAAAAUAUUCACCCUACUAUGCUCUACUAUUACAAAAACCUUUCAUAUUUAAUUCAACAGGUCCCAUAAUGUUUUCCACUUACUGCUACUGAAGAGUAUGGCAGCUCUGAUCACUAAGCUAUUCUUCCUUUUCUCCUUAUUCUUAAUCUUUGUCCCUUUACUUGCCCAUAACAACAACAAACUAGUUAGCUGUGAAAACAACAAUUCUGCUGAAUCAUUAAACUAUGUAUGCAACCACAUUGCAUCAGAAAAUCAGUGCACUACCUUCGUGAUUCUUCGCACGAAUGCUUACUAUUCUUCCCUCUACAAUCUCAGCUACUACUUGGGAUUGAACCGCUUCACGAUUGCAGAAGCGAAUGGCUUUUCUCCUGAAACUGAAUUCCUUCCAAACAACCAGCCUCUGUUACUUCCUAUUAACUGCAAAUGUGCAGAAAAAAGUAGAGUUUUCCAGGCCGAACUGAUAAAAACCACUGCAGCAGGUGAGAGUUUACAUGGGAUUGCAGACUCUCUUGAAGGCUUAACCACUUGCAAAGCUAUUCAACAGAGCAAUGUUGCUGUCCCGCCCUCGAAUCUUCUAGAGAAGAUUAAGAUUUCGGUUCCUGUUCGAUGUGCUUGUCCGACGAAUACUGAGAUCAGUUCGGGUAUCAGACUGUUAGUUUCUUAUGCUGUUAAAGUAGGAGAUUCUGUGUCUUCCUUAGCCACCCAGUUCAAUACCAGUACUGAAGCAAUAAUCAAUGCAAAUAAAAGAUCAGGUAAAAGUGGUUUUCUAAUCAAAGAUCAUUCGUUAUCAGUUUUGAUUCCUCUUAAUCAAAAGCCUCUUCAAGGAUCUCUCUCGAAACCAAGAGAACCCAGUAUAGGAUUUCCAUCACAAAGUAGUGGUAAAGCUUCCAGCAUUCUUAAAAAGAAGAAGAAAAAGAGAAUGAUAAAACUCGGAGUUUCUAUUGGUGUUGUUAGUUUUCUAGUAGUUGCAACUUUUAUGGGUUUUGCUGCAUUUUUCCUAAUCAAAAGGAAGAAAAAGCAACAGGAAAUUCCAACGUGUUUGUCAUCAAAGAUUGUGGAUACUGAGCUACAGCAGCUAAGUUUAAGCAUAAGAACAGUAAGCGAAAAGAAAGUUUCUUUUGAAGGGUCACAGAGUACUUUGGAUGGUCAUGGCGAUGCCACCACCCCACGAAGUACUACUAGUAAGGUAAUGUUGGAGAGCUAUAGUGUCGAGGAGCUUAGAAAGGCAACCGAAGAUUUUGCCUCUCAUAAUCUCAUAGAAGGGAAGGUUUAUCAUGGUCGCGUCAAAGGUAAGGAUUUGGGAAUAAAGUGUACCACAUUGGAUUAUAUCUCCAAAGUGGAUUUAACCCUUUUUCAAGAUGCAAUUCAUAAUCACCCCAACAUAUUGAGGGUACUAGGAACAUGUAUGACAGAUGAAAAAGAUUCAUAUUUGGUUUUUGAGUAUGCCAAAAAUGGAUCAUUGAAGGAUUGGAUUCACAGCGGUUUAGCCAUGAAGAGCCAUUUUAUAGCAUCUUGUUCUUGCUUUCUAACCUGGAGGCAGAGGCUCAGGAUUUGCUUAGAUGUUGCUUUGGCAUUGCAAUAUAUGCACCAUAUAAUGCACCCAAUUUAUGUCCAUCGAAAUAUAAAGAGCAAAAAUAUUUUCCUAGAUGAAGAUUUUAACGCGAAAGUUGGGAGUUUUGGUAUGGCAAAAUGUGUAGAGGAUGAUGUAGAAGAAACAAAAGACAUAGAAUUUAGCUCAAGAAACCCGUCAUCAUGGAACAAGGGGUACUUAGCACCAGAGUAUAUUAAGCAAGGCAUAAAUUCACCAAGCAUUGAUGUUUAUGCUUUUGGGGUGGUUUUGUUAGAAGUAUUAUCUGGGGAAACACCGGUGAUAUGUCCUAAAGAGGGCGAAAUUGUUAUGCUAUCAGAAAAUAUUAAGUCCAUACUUGAAUCAGAGAAUGUGGACGAGUUAAGGGGUUGGGUGGACACGGACUUAGGAGAGAAUUAUUCGUUUGAUGGUGCGAUUGCUUUGGCGACUCUAGCAAGAGCUUGUGUCGAUGAGGAUCCUUUAAUGAGGCCGAGUGCUGGAGAAAUAGUUGAGAAGUUGUCAAGGCUAAUUGAAGAGUCACCUGAAGGAGAUAAAACAUGUUUAAUCAAUGAAAGCUCCUCAAAACCUUUGGUUCUUGCAGCUGUAACCAGUAGUAGUAGUAAUAGUGAUAUCUAAUGUAUGAUAUUCUAUGUUACUAUGUAAUAUGUAUUAUAUUGGAUUCAUGAACAACUCUUACUAAGCUUUGGAGUACAAAAUGUAGGUGCAUAUUUUAUAAUAUAUAAAUAUAUAAUUUCUUAGUCCCUA